CCCUUUUCUUCACAUCCAGAGUCACCUGUGGUUGCUGGUUGUCAUGCUUGGCCUAAUUGGAUUUUCUCUGGGUAUGAGUGCAAUCCCCACGUUCCCUGAGAUCAUCACAUGUGCAUAUGAAAUAGGAUUUGAAGAGGGGCUAAGUACACUUGGAAUGGUGUCUGGGUUAUUUGGUGCAGUGUGGUGCACUGGGAUGUUUUAUGGCCCCAUUGUGGGAGGAAUUAUUGUUCAACAUCUCAGCUUUGAAUGGGCUGCUACAGUUCAAGGAGCGUUGGCAUUUUUGGGU